CGCCAAAGAUGUUUUUAUCUGUUAACAGUGAAAUAACUAUGAGCUACACCAGGAACUGGUGGUAGAGGUGGCGCAGGUCACUGAAGCUGACUUGAAAAUGUAAAAGUUAUAGAACUGUGAAUCAGCUGAGGAACUGUUGUUAUAGUGUUGUAGCGGAUUGGUUGGCUGUUGUCAUGGAGAUGACAGGACACGUGAACGGACAGGCGCGAGGGGAGGUUCAAGUGGAAUAAAGGCCGGCGUGAUUGAGAUGAAGAGCAGAGCGGCUGGACGGAGCCACACGGUUCUGAGCUUGUCUUCGCUGACCACAAAUGACCAGCCGAUGGGAGGUUAGGAGGACUCUGACCUCCCCUCAGUGAGCUGACUGACCACACCGCACUGUCUGCUGCCUGUCUGCCUGGAUGAUGGAGGUGGAGGUGGAGGGCUGCUGGCAACGUGUGCUCCGGCUGCUGCUCCUGCUCCUGCUCGGCUGCAUGACCCUCCACUGCUCGGCCAUCGAGACCGUCAACGUGGUGGACUUCUGUGGCCAGACAAUCCGGGGUGACGGCAUGAUCGUCAACUCACACCAGGAAUCCAAAAAGUACUACUUUGUGACUAUGGCGACUGAUUGUCACCUCACCAUGCAGGCCAGCUCCUCCAAAGACAAGGUCCAGUUCCACUUCCGCUUCUUCCUGGUCUACAGUCUGUUACGAGUGGCCCCUUUGAGCCCCGCCCCCGUCUUCCCAGAGUCCCCCCGGGGCUCUGCUCCUCUCAACCCCAGACUGGAGCCCACCUCUGGUGAGAGCUCGGGGGACCCGUGUCAUUCUGGCUCAUACGUUCAGUUCUAUGAUGGACGGGACAGGAGCUCACCUCCCCUUGGGCCUCCUCUUUGUGGGAAGAGCUUGCCACGGCCAGUGUUGUCCACAGGAAAUUUCCUGACCCUGAGGCUGGUGACCCGGGGGACUCAGCCCAGGGUCGACUUUGUGGGGGACUUCACCUCCUUCAGACUGGGUUUUAACCAAUCAGAGUGCAGCAAUGAGCCCUAUUUCACCUGCAGGAACGGAAAGUGUAUCCCUCUCAGUCUGGUGUGUGAUGAGAAGGGCAUUGACAACUGUGGGGAUGGAAGUGACUUGGAGGAAAACCUAACAACAGGUUGUAAAGCAGGUCAGCUUUUACCUCCUGAGCCUCCACCGCCAAUAGCAACCCCACCCUCAACUUUUGUGAAUCCACACACAGUGCCGAUUCCUUCACUGAACUGUGGCAUGCCAGACACUGCUCCCAGUAAUGAGUCAGUAGCAGACUCCCCAGUCUCCCUGUCCCUGUUGGUUUUCUACAUCCUCCUGGGUGUCGUAGCAGGCAGUGUGGUGCUCUGCUGGUGCUGCUGGUCACCUGGCUGGUUCCUGUGGCGUGUCAGCAUCUGUCGCUUCUUACCCUGCUGCAACUCGGCCUGCGCCUCCUGCCAGCUCUGUGCCCACAGCUGCACCCACAGCAAGGAGCACCGACUGGCAAAAGUAACCCCACACAUACCCAACAACGGAACAUCGACAGGGGCUGUGGCAACAAACAGCAGUGCUGACGAAAAUGUUACCAUAGCGGCUGUUUAGAGCAGAAGAGCUGUUUGCUUGAUCAGCCCGGCAUAUGUGGAAGUGCGGCUCAUGGUCGUGCAGCUCUGAUAGCUCAGAUAGCCUAGUGGUAUGUGGGUGGCAGUCAGUGACGGACUGGGAACAAAAACAGCCUGGGGGGGAUGCGCACUUGGCAGCUGGAACUUUUGACGCACGGAAAGAACACACACAACUGCACUAAAACAUGAACAUAUCAGUGUACAACCCCAAUGCUUAAAAAAAUAAUAAAUCAUCAGAGCCAGCUGUUCCAUAAUAAAAACAUGUCUUACUGUCAUUCGUUAUCUGUGUCUACUUCUUCAUCCUCCUCUUGCUUGUUUUUCCCCUUGCUCACUGUCCUGUCUUUCUCCCUGGUGUGUUGGCUCAGUUUUGUCACUAACAUUAGUGCUAGCAGUAUUAACGCUAGUGCUAGCUGAAGCUGCACUUGAUUUUAAAAACAAAUCAGUCAGUUUGCAGCAUUUUUCACCAUCAGCCACCAGUGCUCUCUUAGAUUAACUCUCUUUUUCUCUGCUCCGCUCUUGUGUCACUUGAUGCCUCAAUUCAUUUUUUUUUUUUUUGCUAGUUUAAUCUCAGUCAACUUCCAACUUCCACGCAUACGCGAUCCACUCGAUUUAGUCUUGAAAUUCCCAGAAGACAUUGCUUUAUUUUUUACUUUUGCAAACAAGUAAUCGAAUAAAAAAUGCAGGUAGAUUUGUUUUAUUUCAAACCAUGCACGUUUUUGAACAUCUAAAUAAGACAUUUCACUACAAAACAAUGUGGACUGAUGUAAAAGUUUGUGACUGUUGAGGGCAACCAUGACUGUGAUAUAGAGACUCGUAUGUGGUAUGUAAAUACUGAUUACAUUGUUAUUAACAGUAUGAAGAUAUUGGAGAAGCUAAACUAUCAUAUAGCCUCUGAACACUAUUGAUCCUUGACAGGGAACUAUGAAAAAUUAUUUUUGGGCUGCAUGGCUGCAACAAUCAUGCCACUCUCUAAUUGGUUGGCCGGGCCAAACCGCCCACAAGGAGCCUGCGACCCCUCUGGCAUCUACCCAAAAUCAAGAUUACCAGUCUGACACUGAUGGUGGUAGAUGUGAAAGGCGGAUGGGAAAGUUAGUGGUGGGGCAAAAUAUAAGUUUCUUUGUAAUCUGUGACAAUGCAAUUUUGUGCAGUGCUAUAAAAAUACAUCUUGACUGACUGAUUAAUGUUAUAUUAUUGUGCACCACUUUCUUGUGCCUCGGAAAGUUGUGUGUGCCUGCCUGGGUUACCUGUUUCUCCCUGCUUGAUACCAGCACCCUCAGAUUAGCCGCUGUUGGAGGCUCUGGCCCCAGGAAGUAAACAGUGGCCGGCGGCGCUAACCUGAAUUUACGGGUAAUGGAGUCCACUAUCACUAAUCUGUGUUGUUUAACCCUGUCGGUGGGGGUGGGGGAGACUCAGGGGCCAACAGGACCAGUAGCGGGGCGAACAAUUGUUGUAAGUUGAAACCCGCUUCACAACCAGUACGUAGCCUGCCCUUGUUAGGCUUUCAAUGCCACUGAGCGGGACAGAGACAAACUCCAUAGCAGCUGCUGAUGCUAAAGUGAAAGGGAUCACAUGAAUCACAAUCACAAACACUGAUCAACCAGUCUUGCAGUUCCCUUCCACAGUUUUUCUCUGAGCUCAUUGUUGUGGUUUCCGAUUCACAGCAACCAUAGCGGCAGCAGCAGGCAGCUGAAAAACAGCUCAAAAAUCCUCCCGUACACUACCUGCUCAAACAAACAACAGACACACACAGACAGCAAUGAUGAACAUAGUGGAAAAUGUAGCAGCUGUUGGCAGAUAUUACCAUCAGGAGUUGAUUGAGACCAAAUAAGAUCUAACGAAAGUGUGAAAAAAUAUAUAUCAGGUUGUUCUGUGUCUGCCGGAUGUGUACCAUUGUUCACCAUAAUGACUUUACAUUGUGGGAAUGUGUUUGCAGUCCACAGAUAGCAAAAAAGAAUCCAGCUUUUAAAGGGUAAAUCAAUUGAUCAAUUGAUUGAAAGGAAAAUAGUAUCAAUUAUUGUAACAUAAAUUAUUAUGUAACAUCUGCAAUUGAUUAAAUCUCUCUCCCAUAAGCUAUAUAAGAUAUUUGAUGUUUUCACCAAACUGCAGCAUAAUGUAAAUGAUGACUAUUUGCUUUGAUUAUUAUAGAAAUAGGAAUAUAUGUCAUUCUAAAAAGUUCAAGGUUAGUCUUUUAUUGUGAUUUUGGAUUAGUCAGCAGUGUCAGCAUCAUUCUGUUGUU